AUGUCAGAGUCGGCCCCAGAGGAGCCUCAGACCUCCAUUCCUCAAAGCACAGCUAGUGUUCCCGAUCCUGCUCCCGUUGCUGGCGGACCUGGAGGCUCAAGUGACGUUUCCUUUGGUGAGCAAAAUCUUAGCUUCACCACCGCAGACGUCAGCCUGGUGGAGAUGAUGGAAAUUGAGUGUACCCAGCUGCAGCACAUACUUUACUCACAUACGGAGGCACAAGCUAGCGAAGGUGAAGUGGAAGCUAGGCUCAAUUCUUUCUCCUCGCCUGGUGACUCUGCAGACCCCCCUCUGCACCAGACCUCACUGAACACCGGUCAGGAGGGGCGUUCAUCAAACAGCGCUGGGAACCGGGCGGUUUACCCCGUUAUCUGUCAGUCAGGAUUAUCUUCUGAUAGCAGUUUGCUAAGUUCAAACCCGCAUUUGGGCUAUGCUGACUUUCAGGAGCUCAGAAUGAUGUUACUUAGCGAGUCUAACCUCCCUUUGAACCAAACGGGCAAAACGCCUAACAGUAGCUCUGUAGACAUCCCAGGACACAGUUUAGUAAAAGUUAAACAUGGUGAAAAUUUUGUUGGGGCGAAUAAAGGAAACGUACCCGUUGAAAAUUUGGCACUGGCACCAGAGCCUAGAUCUAAAUCUGCAGUCAGAGUUCGGUUGGAAGACAGAUUCAACAGCAUCCAGACAGAAAACCCCAGAUGUCAAGACCCCCAAGAAUCUGGAGUAACUCUUAACAAUUUAGUAACAUUGAUUCGACAGCCGUCAGAACUGAUAGGUGUUCCUCUUCAUCAGCAAGAAAACAAGUCUACUGCAGUAGCAAAAAAUAAGACUGCACCUGCCACGCCUUCUUUACAGUUCACAUACCCGUUAUUUACUAUGAACGCAUGUUCUACUGCGGCGAGCGCUAAUCCCUCACAAGCGCAGACCUCUGGAACGUCUUGUACUAUUUUGGAAGCUGCCAAACAUCAAGACCUUGGGAUACCCAAGACAUUCUCUUUCUGCUAUCAGGAAAUUGAAUCCACAAAACAGACAGCAGGUGCGAUGAAUAAAGCUUUGCCUGAGGAAGUUUGGAUUAAAGUUGGAGACACCUUAUGCAAGCAAGUGAUAAACAGAAAAAGUUGCAGCCGACUAAGCCCAUCGGAUACAAACAUAGAUCGCAAACCUCUUAGUGAAAUUCAGAAUAUGUGUGAUGAUAGCCAGAGUACGGCAUCUGCCCAGGGUCCUUGGCAGCCAGCACAGUCAAAUUCAAGUAUGCAGGUGCAAAGCAGUACGCAGGAUGGAAUCGCUCAGCGAAGAGAAAGACAUAACCGCAUGGAGAGAGACAGAAGGCGCAGAAUCCGGAUUUGUUGCGAUGAGCUGAAUCUUCUGGUUCCGUUCUGUACUGUUGAUACUGAUAAGGCAACAACUUUGCAAUGGACAACUGCGUUUCUGAAGUACAUCCAGGAAAGGCAUGGUGAUUCUCUGAAACAGGAAUUUGAGACUGUGUUCUGUGGUAAAACAGGCAGGAGACUAAAAAUAGCAAGAUCAGACUCAUUUGUAACGUGUCCAGUGCAGGAAAACCGCACAGCUACGGAGACCAAGUAG